AUGUCUAGCAUACCACCAGAAGCCUUUAAGUUUGUUCACAUCUCAAUUGGGUCUCUAGCAAUACUCGCUUCCCUUUCUCAAUUUUUGCUAAUUUUCACCAACUUCAAUGCAUUCCUAUUAGGGUUAUACUCUUUAGCUUUAUCAAUCCCCGUCGUGUAUUUAGAGUUCAAGAUUCCACCAAAUAUUUACAACUAUGCUUCCUUUUAUUUCAGUUUUCUAGGUAGAGGGUGCUUGAAUAUUUUAAUCGCUUUGAUCCUAUACCAUCAAGGCUUUUUCAGAAUCUUAACUACGAUCUUAUUAAUCUUUAACGGUAUCGCUUACAUUAUUUUCCAUUUCCUACCCUUCAUUAAUGAACCUGAAAACUUCAAACUGGCAAACCCAUCAUUGAGUUUGAACGACAAUGAAUUCGAUGACGAUGAUGAAGUGGUAUAG